AUGAGCUCCUCUGAAUCUAGGGAUGAAAACUUACAAUACACAUACCACACUAAUUCAGAAACUUCAAUACCUAAAGCCCCAGGAGGAAGCAAUACCCGGGAUACUUCUUUUGAUGCUCCAGGUGUUGCAGAUGUUACGUUGGGCAAAGAGUUAGUUAGAAGACCUAUUCUAUAUAAAAGAUCUGAAACAAAUAUUCCUAACAUAUGUGUUGACUCAUCGUCACAGAAUUUUAAGCAUCAUUUGAAAAAAUUACAUAUUGCUGUUAAUAAGAUUUUGGAAAAUGACCGCCUUACUAAAUAUAGAAAUCAGUCGAAAAAGAAUUUCAGAGGAAAUCAGGAGGCUUGUGAGAAAAUGUUGGAUGCCGUUAGAGAGCUUGGGUCCUUUAUUGUUCAGCGUCAAAACACCUCUCCAAUUAGUCAUCACAUUAGACCUACUAAGGAUAUGCAGUCCCGCUUUCCUAUGAGAGUGCGAUCAAAAAGUACUACCCAUGAUGAUUCAAUUAGCCAUAAACGUAAUUUAACAGUGAGGGUGGGGCAUAGUCUCAAAUCAGUCAGACGUCCUACAUCACUGACUAAAAGGUCAAAAUCUCCAAUCAAGCGUUCAGUUUCUCCUUAUCCGGUGAUUGAUACUGAAAACUCUUGCUGUUCCAAGCAUUCGGGACAUUCUAAGGGUGUAGACAUAUUUUCUCAGCGUGAAACAAAAUAUAGAUUUCCAGUCAAAAAUGAUACCUUUAUAGCUUCAAAACAGGAAACUGAAAAUGUCCAGGCUUCAGAAGAUUUUACAAACCCAGAGAUUGCUUGUUUAGAAGCUGAAUUAUCACAUCGUGAUACAUUGAUCAAAUAUUUAUCUGAACAAUUAUUUAAAUUAUAUCAAGAUAAUGAUAGAAUAUUUGCUGAAUAUGAAUUACAAGAAGCUAAUUUAACUAAAUAUUUACAUUCAUUAAGAUCACGUUUAACUGAAACAAAUUCUAAUUUAAAUCAACAAUAUACUACUCAUAAUAAUACUACUAAUAAUACUAAUUCUAUUCAUACUGAUUACAUAACACAUAUUACUCAAUCCAUAUCUCAAGAUAUUCAUAUUAAUAUCACAGAUUCUAUUUUACAUCAUUUUGCUAAAGAAAUCAAUGAUAAAAUCAUAAAUCCCGGUAUAAAUAAUAAUAAUAAUAAUGAUAACGAUGUCAUAGUUACUAUGAAUCCAGUUCAAAGAAUAGAACAAUCAUUCAUAUCUGAAUUACAAGAUCUUAAUUUAGCUACACAGAAUUUAUUAAAUUAUUGGGAAAUAAAAAAUCAUCAAAUGAAUUAUCCCAUUGUAUGUCAACAAUUUUUUAAUGCAUUACUUAAUUUUUGUAUUAUUUCAAUGAAUUCUUAUCAAUUAAAUAAUCAAUUUAUUGAUCCAAAUAUUAAAGAUUUACAAAUGAAAGCAGAUCAUGCUGAACAACAAAUUAUUGAUUUAUCAAAUGAAAUCAAACAAUAUCAAUAUCAAUUAAAUCAAUUAAAUGAAAAAUUACAAAAAAAUCAAUUAGAAGAAACAAAUCAUCAUUUAUUGAUUAGUGAUUAUUUUUUAUCAUCAACAAAUUCUUCAUCUAAUAAUAAUAAUAUAAUUACUUAUUUGUCUGAUACAGAUCAAACUCAAUGUAUAUUAUCAUCACCAUCAUCAUCAUCAUUAUUAUUAUUAGAUCCAGGAUCAAGUUCUCAAACUUAUGAAUCUAUACCAAAAAUAAAAUCAAUAGACGAUCAAACUAUAUUCCCAUUAAAAUCGACAAUAAUGCCAAUCGAUAUUUCAACAACCACCACCACCACAACAACAACAACAACAAUACCGGUUGAUAAUUCGAUUAAUAAUUUACUUCAACGUUUAUGGGGAAUGUUAUCGAAAGAAUCAAAGUUAUUUAGUACAGAUGUACAUAAAUCUAAAUUAUGGAUUAGUAAUAAAGAGGAUUAUGAUACAUUAUAUGAAGCAUAUAAUAUUAUUGAACAAUUUCAAUGGUAUAUACAAAAUAAUAAACUUUCAUCAUUUAAAUCAUCUAGUUUAGUUGAGUCACAAUCUUCACUGUCAACAACAGCAACAUAUUUUGCACCAGAAUUAGUUGCUAAUGAAAUCAAUAGAACAACCGCAACUGAUAAGUCUAUACCUGUUGAAGUUUCAUCAAUAACUAGCCUUACAGAUCAGUCGACUAUUACUGCUUUAACUUCUAAUCAACAUAAAAUAAAAGAUAUUGAAGAGGUAAAUUUGGAAUCAUUCAAAAUGAAAGAGUUAUCUUCUUGUACAAAUUAUGCAACAAAAUCAAUUUACUUAACAGAUAUGUGUACAUCUACAAGUGAUCUGUUAACAUUGUUUAUUAAUAAAGAUCAAAAUCAUCAGUUGAAUAUACAACAGGUUAAGCAAAUGAAUGAUCAGAUAAUAUCAACAGAUGAUCUUAUUCAAACAUCAUCAUUGGAAAAAGAAGCUUUACGUGAGUUACAAAGGAAGUUUAAUUACUUAAAAGAUUCUUAUAAUCAUUUAGUUAGUCAAUAUCAAACUUUUAAUCAAACAUUAUGUAAACAAUUAAAAUAUGUUAAUUUAACAUUUGAUGAAUAUAAAUCUAAUAUAUCUGUUUACAUUUCUCAUAAGUAUAAAAAUGUCUGUGAUUCAUCUAUACAAACUGAUUCUUUUAAUCAUUUGCCUAGAUUGACUGAUCCAUCAUAUAGACAAAUACCAUUAGAUUAUAGAAAUUUAUAUGAAGUUGAAUACUGUCAUAGUUUAUGGCCAACAAAUGAAGUGAUAUCAAAUGAAACCAUAAUUUAUAAUCAAUCUAUGUUAAAUACUGAAUUAACAACAGAUAACUGUUCAUUUGAAUUAUCUCAGUUAAAACAAGAUUAUGAAAUUUUACAAUCAAAGUUACAGAAAUCUGAAAGAGAAGUAGAAAUGUUGCAUAACAAUUUAUUAGAUAUUGAAAAUCAUAUUAAAUUAGCUAUAUCUAAUAAUCAUUUUACUAGUUUACAAUGUAUUCUAGAUAAUGGAGGAUUAUCCAAUGUACAGUCUUUGACUAAAGCAUUUUUAAAUCAAGUCAGUACAAUUAUAUCAAAUUUAAAUCAAUAUAUACCUGAUCAAGAUAAUCAAAUUGAAUAUGAAUCACCUGAUCACUACCUCACUGAUGAUAAGAGUUUUCCGAUUCAUAGUGCAAAACGUUUACUAGUAAAUACAGAGGAAUAUGAUCAGAAAUAUCCACUUUAUUCAGCUGAACAAUCUCUUAUUCGCCUAACUGAAUUACAGGAAAUUCUACAACAACAAAUCAUUAGAAAGCAAGAUACUUUUGUUGAACAAAUUGAACAGGAUAAUUAUUCAUUCAACCAAGAAAUUGACAGAUUAUUAGAUGACAAACCUGAAAUCACGGAUUUGAACUUGACAGAAAAGCUUCAGUCUGCUCUACAUGUUAUAUACGAAGAGCUAUCUUUGUGUCAGCAUCUAGUAGAUAAACUCUUGAGUGAAAAAACAAAACACUGCAAACUUAUAGCUAUGCAGGCAUCACAAAUAGAAGAUUUGAACAAAGAAUUAAGAGAUUAUGACUAUAAAUUAAAAGCUAUUUCAACAGGACAUAACAUUGUCCCACAUAAUAGCGACGAGACGUAUGAAAAUAAAUGCUACGAGAGAAAUGAUGAAAAGGUAAAAAGUGAAUGUUAUAUAUAUCACCAUAAUCAAUAUCCAAAUUCACUUAUUGAUUCAUCUACAAAUCCAAAUAAAAACAUAAUAAACGAACUAAAAUUAACUAAUCAGACAGAGACUGAACAAACAACUAUAAUGUCAAAAGAAGAGAAAGAAUAUCUAACAAUAGCCAAAAUUGAAGAAACAAAAUCCACAUUAGAUAAAGACACACUAACAACUUCAGAAUUUACCGUGGAGAUGACGAGAGAGAAGCUAGUGAGUUCAAGUUUGUGUGAAGAUGAGUCGAAUGUGGUUGGUCAACUGCGCGAAGAGUUGACGUCUUGUUAUGAACAGAUAGUGAAGCUGUCUAGAUCGGUGGAGGAGAGUGAUGCUUCGUUGAUGGAUGUCCGGCGUUUGUUGACUGUGAAGGAGAGUGAAGUGGCGGAUCUGAGAGAGGAGAAGCGUCAUUUACGAGACGAAGUGAAUGAGUUGAGGGAGACUGUAGAGGCAGAACGACGUGAUUUGGACAUAAUGCGUGCAAAUAUGGAUGUGUUGGAGAGCAAGGAAGAGGUGUCGACGAUGUGCGUGGAGUGUCGUGGACCGAACGUUGCUGCUGCUGCUGCUGCUGUGGAGGAGGAGUGUGUGCAGACGGAGAUUGACGACGAAGUUUUUGACCUGGUGUCGACGUUGCAGCUCGAGGUUGCCCAUCUGCGUGAGGAAAAUGCGGCGACGUUGGCGGCUCUGGAGCGUUCACAGCUCGAGUUGAUCAUGAAACAGACCGAAGUGCAGGAACCGGAGUCACGUAUGAUGGUGAACGAGACAACUUGGUGGAUUCCCUGUGAGACUGUGAGAAAGGCGCCCGAUGUGGUUGUCCGUGAGUUGGCAGAGGUUGAUGACACAGACAGAGUGGAGGCAGACGUGUUUGCCGGAGUUCCUGACAUGCAGCUGGUGGAGACUGUUGCAAGCGACUCAGUGUCAGGCAUUGUGCCUGAUCGAAUGGACAGACAAACUACGGACUUGUGUGUUGAGGGCGUUUCGAACGAGGAAGUGGUCUUGCCCAUUCACGCCACUCAGAGUUGGACGAAACCGCCGAGUGAACAAGACAAUGACGAUCCCGAACUUGCCCUGUUAAAUACAGACAGCCUAAGAGCGCGAUUGAAGGAGGCCAUGAGCAGAAUCUGCGAACUUGAGAAUGCCAAGACAGAGUUGAGUGUGCGUCUGCGUGAGCUGGAAGGCGUUAUGAUGUGUGAAGAUAAGCCAAUGGAUGUGAUGCCUCUUAGUUCUCGUGUGCCUGACCGGUCGAUGAAAGUGACGGACGAAGCUGAUGCACUGUCGAAGCACAACAAAGAGCUGAUGACAGAGGUAGACUUGUUACGAAGUAAGAUUUCAGAGCGCGUGACACUGUUGGACGAUGUGUGCAUGGAGAUGGAUGAGGUCAGAGGAUCACUGGGUUUCUUGUUGAAGCAGGUGAGAGAAUUGCGUGCAGCACAUGCUGAGGCGAAUGCUGACCGCGCCGAAAUGGCGAACAGAAUGAGUGAGUACGAACGGGUUUCACAUCGCCUGUGCGAAACAGUUGGUCGAUCCACGUCACCAGUGCAAGACAUCGACUAUGCACACGAAGGCUCGUCGACUGACCGUUGCACAUCAGACGGGUUGCGAGAGGAUUUGCAGCGUGCACUGGAUACACAAUCGUUCGAGCUGGAGGCAGUCACUGAGAAACUGAAAGAAUGUGAGUCAAUGAACAAUGCCCUGAUCUGUGAGAGUGAUUCAUCAAAGAAACGUUUGAGCUUUAAUUUGCCUCCACCUGUUAGACAUUUCAAUUCUCGUUUAGAAGUCAAUAGUAUGUUGGUGGAAACUUCUGGUAAUCUUUCUAAUUUUAGAGAAAGUGAUCGUAAUUAUUCAAGUGGUACGCUGGUCUCUGAAAUCCAAGGGACUUGCGAAAGUGAUCUUAAUUCAGGCCAAUUUCUUGUAGCCAGUGAUAGUGAGGUAGGCAAUAAACUCAAUGAUAACUUCGCUCAUGGAAAUAAGUCAUACAUAUCGUCGAUAGUUUUAGAUGCUUCGUGUUUCAAGAUGCUAAGUCCAUCCGUUGUCGACCCGAUGAUGGUUGAUUCUAAUGCAAAUGAAUCUAAGUUUACAUUUGCCACAUAUUCAUCUUCAAAAAUGGAUAAGUCACUUCAACAAAACCGGAUUGAUGCCAGUGAAUCACAUGCUUGUCACUGUGAAGAAGUUACCAUAGUUUCGUAUGAUGACUUCUCACAAGAUAAAAUUUCGCACAUUUGGAGAAUGCCUCCGGAUAUUAAAGACGAAAAAAUGUUCAUCAGUUCUUUGAUACUACCACCACCUAGACAACCCUGCAGUAUGACAUACGCUGAAUCAGCAUCAGAUAUUCCCGUAAUGUCGCGCAGUUUAUCAAGUAAAGAACUAGAAACCGUCGAACCAUAUAGUAUAAAAUCAGAAAGGCUUGUGAAAGACUGCGUAAACAACACAGACAAGCAUAUGGAGUGGUCUUCGAACACAAAAGCAUAUAGUGUUACAGGGUACUCAGAAGAAACAAGUAUAACAAUUAACGAAGAAACGAGAAAUCAUCUGGAAAAAUUCCAAGGAGAAAAUCUGAAAAGCAAGAAAGAAGAUGAAAUCAUCAUUAAAAGAAACCAAAACGAUAUUAUUAUAGAGUGCGAUCAAAAAUUAGAAAACGAAUUUUCACAACAGCAAUAUCAACCGACCGAUGCGUCAAAACGGGAUAACGCCAAUGAAAAAACUAUAAAAAAAUCAACAAAAAGUACAAAUACACAAUUCAGAAUAAUUUCAAGAAAUAAUAACACACACACUAAUGACGACACACGAUCGCUUAGCCUCCUGUUGAAGCAGGUGAGAGAAUUGCGUGCAGCACAUGCUGAGGCGAAUGCUGACCGCGCCGAAAUGGCGAACAGAAUGAGUGAGUACGAACGGGUUUCACAUCGCCUGUGCGAAACAGUUGGUCGAUCCACGUCACCAGUGCAAGACAUCGACUAUGCACACGAAGGCUCGUCGACUGACCGUUGCACAUCAGACGGGUUGCGAGAGGAUUUGCAGCGUGCACUGGAUACACAAUCGUUCGAGCUGGAGGCAGUCACUGAGAAACUGAAAGAAUGUGAGUCAAUGAACAAUGCCCUGAUCUGUGAGUGUGAGUCGCUGAAGCGUCGUCUAGAGAGUUAUAUGACUGUGAUUACUGACUUGGAGAAUGAUGUGACCAAGACGAAAGCACUGUUGGCGUUUGUGGUUGACCAUAUAAGAGGUCUGCGUUCCGACUAUGGAGAUUGGUGCAGAGAGCACGAACAACGAGUGCAGGAGUGUUUAGAUGCCGUCACAACAGGGUUGUCCCAUGGUGUGGUUGAACACGUGGACCGUGAGUGUGAGACAAUGACAUGGCCAGAACACUUGGAGUCUACUGUUAUGCUUGAUAGCUUUGUGCGACUACAAGAGUCUCAUGAAGUGACGUCGAUGCAGAGAGGACAAGAUUGGGAUUCGGUAAGUGAGAUGAGCAGACUGUGCGACCGGAACCGUGAGCUGUCUGAGGAGCUCUGCAAGUGUCGAGACCUGUGUGAUAAGCAGGCAUUUGAGAUGGUGUUGAUGCAAACAGCUCUUCGUCAGGCAGUCGAACAGGCGUCACCUGCCCGAGAGGAACUGGAGGCCUAUAGACAUGAGAAGGUUUGCGCAAUGUCAGAUCUGGAGAGUCAACUGUCUGCUUCUCGUGACGAGUGUUCUGCACUACGGGAUCAAGUGUGUCGGCUUGAGACAUCGAUGGAAGAGCAUUGCAACACAGUGUUGGCGAUAGCCAGUCGAGACUGGGAGUCGCGCGUAAACGAAAUUGUGAGAGAACGCGACACAGCCAUGAAAGAGUUGUUGGAACUGCGUAGUAGGUUGGAUAUGGCAGACGAUGUGGACGCCAGGUUGGCAAAAACAGUGUGCAGAAGUGACAUGGGAACUGACGUGCUAGAUCGUAUGAUUGAACGUGAUAUAGCUUUGUCAUCAGGGUUCACUAGUGAUACGAGAGAGACUGUGAGCGUGGGCGUUGGUAAAGAUGCAGAGGACGACGAGUCGAAUUGCAUGGUUGUUGACGGUUGGAGCGACUACUCCUCAGAAUGCAUACACGACGAGCACAAGCCUAGUGUGUCGGUUGGUUCUCCGACUAGACUUGUGAGUGUGGAGACUCAAGCGACAGACAGCGUGUCUUGGUUGGCAACUGACACAUUGUCAACUUCAGGAUUUACCGAUCAGUCGACCGUAGAUCAGUCGACCAGGAGUCCAGUGGAGAUGACGAGAGAGAAGCUAGUGAGUUCAAGUUUGUGUGAAGAUGAGUCGAAUGUGGUUGGUCAACUGCGCGAAGAGUUGACGUCUUGUUAUGAACAGAUAGUGAAGCUGUCUAGAUCGGUGGAGGAGAGUGAUGCUUCGUUGAUGGAUGUCCGGCGUUUGUUGACUGUGAAGGAGAGUGAAGUGGCGGAUCUGAGAGAGGAGAAGCGUCAUUUACGAGACGAAGUGAAUGAGUUGAGGGAGACUGUAGAGGCAGAACGACGUGAUUUGGACAUAAUGCGUGCAAAUAUGGAUGUGUUGGAGAGCAAGGAAGAGGUGUCGACGAUGUGCGUGGAGUGUCGUGGACCGAACGUUGCUGCUGCUGCUGCUGCUGCUGUGGAGGAGGAAUGUGUGCAGACGGAGAUUGACGACGAAGUUUUUGACCUGGUGUCGACGUUGCAGCUCGAGGUUGCCCAUCUGCGUGAGGAAAAUGCGGCGACGUUGGCGGCUCUGGAGCGUUCACAGCUCGAGUUGAGCAUGAAACAGACCGAAGUGCAGGAACCGGAGUCACGUAUGAUGGUGAACGAGACAACUUGGUGGAUUCCUUGUGAGACUGUGAGAAAGGCGCCCGAUGUGGUUGUCCGUGAGUUGGCAGAGGUUGAUGACACAGACAGAGUGGAGGCAGACGUGUUUGCCGGAGUUCCUGACAUGCAGCUGGUGGAGACUGUUGCAAGCGACUCAGUGUCAGGCAUUGUGCCUGAUCGAAUGGACAGACAAACUACGGACUUGUGUGUUGAGGGCGUUUCGAACGAGGAAGUGGUCUUGCCCAUUCACGCCACUCAGAGUUGGACGAAACCGCCGAGUGAACAAGACAAUGACGAUCCCGAACUUGCCCUGUUAAAUACAGACAGCCUAAGAGCGCGAUUGAAGGAGGCCAUGAGCAGAAUCUGCGAACUUGAGAAUGCCAAGACAGAGUUGAGUGUGCGUCUGCGUGAGCUGGAAGGCGUUAUGAUGUGUGAAGAUAAGCCAAUGGAUGUGAUGCCUCUUAGUUCUCGUGUGCCUGACCGGUCGAUGAAAGUGACGGACGAAGCUGAUGCACUGUCGAAGCACAACAAAGAGCUGAUGACAGAGGUAGACUUGUUACGAAAUAGUGAAGCUGUCUAG